ACCUAUUUCUCAUUUAGCAUGUAACGCUCCUCAAACAGUGGAUUUCGACAGAGUGUUGAUUGACGUUGAAGAGUCGUGAGAGCUUUGACGCGAUGAAAUGCAGUCUUCAGUGAAAACAGAAAGUUACGGGAACGUGCACAUGCACGUUUUCAACGAUGAAAUUAACAUCUGUUCGUCAAGUGACGAUCGAAACAACAAGCAACUCCCUCAAUUCAGCAGCUUCGUCGGGGCGGUAGACAUCGAGGAACGCCCGUCCUCUACCCGGGAUGUGGUGUCGCUGAUCGGCAAACGGCGUCCUAUCAAGAUACACAUCGGCUGGAUGCACAAGGUAGGAGACAAGUACCGGCAAGUCAGACGCAAAUAUGGCGGUGGUACAAGGGAGCUUAUCCUGGACAACCUCAACAUAUACCCGGCGGAUAUAGUUCAAAGGGCGAUAACUCUCUUCUUCCCAGAGGGCGCUUCACAGGUCGUCAGUGUGGACGAAGUGGAGUCCUUUGCACUGGGUAACUUCUGUGGCGAAGAACUUCUUCGAUUCAGUGACGACGGCGGGAACGAGUGUUCUUUAGGACAAUACCUCAAAGCUCAAGGAACUUAUGCGUCGAGGUGCUAUAUCUAUCUGCUCACAAAAAAGAAAGUCACGCGAGUUGUUAACGCGGUUAGACGGGACACUUUAUCCCGUCGUAGACGCCUACCUAAAUCUUCCUAUCAUUCUCCAGAGCAGCAAGUGAGAUAUCCCUACGAAUCGGAUCUGGAUCACCAACCGAAUGAAUGCAAACAGUCACAGAGUUCUGUCUGUCUGACGCCUAGGACAAUUCAACAUGACUUCCAGACAUCCAGACUGCUUCCCACAGACAAGCUCGGAUUCAUACUGGAGGACAAAUCUGGCCUGGAGAUCAGAUACAGCUUUGAUCCCUGCUCACCCUUCGCUACCCUUGUGUCAGUUGAUUCGGAAUUUACAUGGCAGGAUUGUUUAGACUUUUCCCGAUUUCGAUCCCCUUAUAUCAACGAUGCCCACUUUGAGCCUACGGACCACGGAUUCGUUGUGAAGAAGAUACAGAAAAAUAGAAAUGUUUUUGUGAACAUGGACCUAGAUGCCGGAUCUGGACAGACUGUAUUUGUAUUCCCUAUGGAAUCUUCUUGCGCUGGGUUAAUUGUACACCAGCCUUCAGAGUUGUGGGGGUAUGAUAGAAAUCACAUUGUCCUUGGAGUCGUUGCUAGUUGUCAUGGCCUUUCAAACCCAAUGUACUCCUGGCACAGGGACGGGGCUUUAUAUAAGGAAGGGUUGAACCUCUGCUGUAUCAUCGUGAAUUUGCCUGGCGUCUACUACUGCAGGAUUACAUUUGGGAACAGCUAUGACAUUUCUCAUCCUUUGCAAAUUGUCGAGUUUGCUGACUGCUCCUUUAAAAAACAAAAGCUUGAGCUUGCGUCUAUUGAUGUCAAUGCGAACUGUUGUCAAGAUGUCGCCGAUUCGCCAUACCGAAUUAUCCCAUCAGUUAAGAGAGAUAACUUAGACGUUGAUUUCACCGGAAAGGUUUGCAGUGGUACAUUUGGUACCGUGUAUCGGGGUAGCUGGUUGGCCACGGACGUGCACGUGGAAUGUGUCAGUCUCACAGAUGAGGAUGGAGACGAUUUCGUGGAAUCUAUUCGCGAAGUCAAUAGCAGGAUACGCCAUCCAAAUAUUCUGUCUCUUAUGGCGUGUGUCGAAACCAACAACACACUGAUGCUUCUCUCUGAGUAUCAUGAAGGUGCAACACUAGAAUCAGUGACGUUCAGGGCUGAAACUAGGCAAUAUCUCUGCCUUGACACCGCCCAUAAACACAUCGUUGCUAAGCAGUGUUGUCAAGCAUUGGUCUACCUUCACGCGCUGUCGCCUCCCAUCAUGCAUCGCUGCAUACAUCCGGGUAGUGUCUGGCUAUUGAACCAAGGUGCAACUGCAAAGCUGUGCAGCCCAUAUGUGUCCAAUGGUUCGAGUAGGUGUUACGAGGAGAUGGCGUUGUACCUGCCCCCGGAAAGAUUGGUUUCUCAACAGGAUGGCGAUCUGGCCGCAGACGUUUGGGGGAUGGGUGCGACCCUGACGGAGAUGUUCACGGAGAGUCGGCUCUGGGGGAAACUCAUGCAGCAUCACGCGCCUAUUGAUGUUGUAACGAAACAGUUGGAAUUUGGACAGAGUCCCGUGUCUUUGCAAUCGUUGGACAUGUACAGGGAGAUUAUUACAGCCUGCUUGAACAUGGACCCGUCACUGAGGCCUUCUGCGAUGCAGUUGCUGUCUCACAUCAAAGAGUGAGUGAGUGAGUUGGGUUUAACGCCGCUUUUAACAGUAUUCCAGUUAUAUCACGGCGUGUCAGCUUAAUGUGGGAGGAAAGCCCGAAGUGGUGCAGGUCUCAGACGUUUACCACUUCGGUAAACCCACGAGCACGGGUAUGGUGCUGACAAACCUAGAAAAAUAAGUGGGGUGAACCGGGAUUCGAACCCACUCUGCACAGCGAAUCGCGGCGCCUUAGACGACCUAAGAGAGAAACAUAACUGAAGGCAGCCUAUUGCUCAGAUGACGUCAUGUAAUAAAUUUAUUAUGAACAA